AACCUGGAAUCUCAGAUCAGAACAACCCUUCUCCUCUUAUCAAAACAACUGGACGACAUAAAUCCCACAUUGUGAUUUUCAAUCCUCCUAAUUUGGGUGCCACUCAAAUCGAAUAACACCAAAUUCUAAUAAAAUCUCGGAUUUUGAGUCCUGGGAUGGAUCAGUUUAUGGUGGCCUGAAGAGGCACCAAGCACAAAAAGGGAGAGGAAUUUAGUUUUCUAAACUUGGUUUCUCUUUUCUUUUUAGCUUCAUGGUGGAUAACGUUUGCCUGAUGGCCUCUCAUGGCUACCCUCAUGGGCUUGUUUUGCAACAAGAACAGAACAUGGGCAUCAUUAAGGAUUUCCAACCCUUCCUGCCAAGUUAUGGAGCAAAACAGGAAAUUACAAAGUUGGGAUCUUUAAAAAUGAUGCCUCAGCAAAGUGAGGAGCCAUGGAGAGCAAUAAGUGGAUUGUCAGAGUCUAACUGGUUUGCGAAGACUGCCUCAGAUAUUGAAAGGCCUGCACUCACUGAUGUGCAAGAUGUUCAUCGAGAUUCAGUGCUUUUCAGCUCUGGGAUUGCUGAGCAUUUCCUACGACAUGAAAAAAUGGCGCAGUUUCUCAUGUCCGGAGAAAGUGAAGUAGAGAGAGGUGGACUAGAUAUAACUUCACUAUAUGACUUGAUGGGGUUAAAUGAAAUGCACCAAAAGCCCUUAAUACCGUCUCUCAUCUACCCAAGUAGUGAGUCGAAUACAAAGCCUCUCUUGGACUUUGUUGGUGGUCUGGCAUCUAGUUCUAAAAUUACAUUUCAGCCAGAUGGUCGAGUUUUCUUCACAGGUACAGGGACUGAGAUGAAGCAUCUCCUUUCAGUUGUUGCGGAGUUUUACUCAUUGAAAACCUCAGCUAAUUUGGGAAAGCAUUCUGUUCUGGUUCCGUACUUUGAUAGGUUCCAGUUCAGGGAAAAAGUCAAUAUUGAUGGUUCGCCUUUGAAGAUGCAUGGGACUACAGUUGCUCCUUUAAAGAGUCCUGAAAAAUUCAAGACAAGGGGGAUGCCUAAGCAGAAGAAUGGAAAAAAGGUGGGCAGAGACAGAGAUAUAUACAGGAGGAACUAUUUCCACGCCUGUGAGAGCCUUCUAUCAUUAAUGAUCGACAGAAAGAAGAAUGGGAAAUCAGCAAUUCAUUCACUUCAAAAAUCUGGCACUGAGCUUCCUCAGCUCCUGACCCAGUUUUCUGCCAGUAUUGCUGGAACAGGAUUGGCUGUCCUUUUCUCUGUUGUCUGUAAAGUAGCUUGUGCGAGGGUACCCUUCUGCUCUUAUAAACUCUUGAACACUGGAGUUGGAUUUGGGUUAGUUUGGCUGUCUUGGUCAGUGAAUAAGCUGAGGGACACAAUUGUUCCUAUCAGCAAGAAUCCAAGGAAGUCGGAUUUAAAAGAAGAGGAAAUAUUGUCGAGGGUGGAGACGAGCGUGAAUGAGAUUUACUUCAGAGCUGCAGCAUUGAUGGCGGUGGCGGUGUUGAGGUUUGCUUGAACAUGAAGCGAAGACAAAGUUUUGGGAGAUACAGAUGGUGUGAAGAACAUUUGGCUAGAUGGUCAGUAUUUAAGUAAAAUUGCAUAUGACGGUAGCUAAGUUGGCUAAUGACCAGACAGGUGAAGCACUUUGAUCAAAAGUGUUCUUCAAUUAGAUACAAUUGAAGAACCCAUCUUUCAAAGAAUGAAUAUGUUCAAAAAACUCUACAGUUGACGUGAACCAGAACUCUGGUUAUCCAGAGCUCUGGCUGAUGACCAGUCAGCUGGUGGUAAUAGUAGUAGUUCAUGUAGAAUGUGAAUUGAUAGGAAGGUUGCAUGUAGUCUGUAACAUAGUACAAUUUUGUGCAUGGAACUGUCUUUGUCUGUGUUACUAUCCGUAAAUAAACUCUUCUAUGUUUGUUGCAUAA